UGAUGAAUAAGGACGAUAUCAUUGCAUUUUAUGGAAAAAGAGAGGUGAAAGAGACAUACAAUUAUGAUAUUUUGGCAGAUGAUAGAGUUUCUUUAUUUUCUUCAACAAGAGAAUCAAAACAUUAAAAUUAAAAGACUAUGAUUUUAAGUAGUUAACCUACUAUAUAUUGUUCUUUGAGUAUAUGUAGUUUUUUGAUUGCUUUAUCAAAUUUACCAGAAGAAGAUAGAAUUUAUUUUUUUUAUGAUGAUCCAUUAUCAUACAAUAUUGGAUUAGUUGUAAGUUAUUAAUUUAAGUAAGAGGUUUGUAUGUGUUGUCUUUGUAUAUUGGGUAUAGUAAUCUCAGAAAUUAUAAAGAGAUCAUUUACAAAUAAAUAAAUAGGAACAUUGCCGUUUUUGACUAAGAAGUAACAUAAAAUGAAUUUUAAUGCAACUAUCUGUUUAGCAGGACAAAUUGCUCAUUUACUUUUACUUAUUGAAAUAAUUCUAUAAGCUAUGCCAACUUAAUUAUUUUAACAUGAAACAUUAGUUGAUUUAUCAUUUUUAUUAAAUGUGGUUUAUUUUGCUUAUGCGAAUAGUUUUUUAGAGAAGAAGAAAGCUGCUCAGAUGCAUUAUAUACCAUUUUUCUUUUAUAUUUGUGUUACACUUGCAUGUAAUCAUUUUUGUAAUUUAGAGUGUUAUGUUAAAAUAACUCAAUGAAAUUACAAUAUACUCAUAUAUGGAAAGUAUAGACAGAGAGAGUUAUUUUGACAUAUAUGGGAAUUAUGUUGCAAGGAAUAUAAUUUUAGUUAUUUAGACCAGCUAUAAAGGAAAUGGAGAGAAAUCAAAAUAUCUUAGCAGAAGUUCUUUGA